GUUAGUUAGUGACAUAUAUAGAUAUAGUUGAUAACCUAAAAAGUAGCAAAACAAAUUAUUUUCAGCAACAUAUAACUAAAUAACAAAGCUUUGUAUGAAAAAUAAAGUCCUAUGUGGAGUACGUCUGUAGAACGUAUAUGUACUGAAAGAAUCAUUCAAAAAUGAACGAACUAGAGAAGUUAGAAUACCUGUCUUUGGUAUCAAAAGUAUGUACUGAAUUGGAAAACCAUUUGGGUAUGAAUGAUAAAGACUUGGCUGAAUUUAUCAUACAUCUAUCUGAAGAAAACAAUACAUUGGAAUCAUUUAAGAAGGCUCUCCUUGAGAAUGGGGCAGAAUUUUCAGACUCAUUUAUCUCAAACUUGUUGCGCAUUAUUCAACAUAUGCAACCAAGGAAGAAAAGCAGAAGUUUAGAAGAAGAUGAGUUUACUGAAGCAGACAAAGAUGCUUUAGCAUAUAAGUUCCCUGGCUUAGCAAUACCUAAUGAAACUCAAAAACCACUGGUUAAUGAAGAAUCAGAGGAUGAAAAAGAAGAAAAACCUGAUAAUAAUGAUAAUGAUGUUGUGGCUGAUUUGAUGGCACAAUUUGAAGCAGAUGCUCCAUCUAAAAAAGAGCAUAAAGAGGCUAGUCACAGUCCAGAAAGGAAACGGAAAAAGUCUAGGUCACCUGAGAGAGAUCAUGAUUCUAGAAGGAACAGAGAUACAGAUAGAAGGCACAGGUCAAGGUCAAAAGAGAAGGAUAAGCAUAGAAGACACAAGGAAUCAAAAAGAAGUAGGUCUAGAGAACGUAGAAGGUCAAAGGAUAGAAGAGGAAUGAGUAGAUCUAGGGAUAAAAAAUAUAUGAGUGAUUCUAGAGAUAAGAAGCAUAGGAGUAGAUCAAGAAGUAGGAGAGAAAGAACACCAGAUAGAAAGAGAGAUAGAAGCAUGGAAAAGAAAUUUAAAAAGGAACAGUCUGAAUAUGAUGAUGAUCCUAUACCUGGAAAGAUUUAUUCAGGAAAAGUUACAAAUACAGUUCCAUUUGGAUGUUUUGUGCAACUGGAAGGCUUGAGAAGAAGAUGGGAAGGUUUAGUACACAUUUCACAACUGAGAUCUGAAGGCAGAGUGACAAAUGUAUCUGAAGUGGUCAACAAAGGCAGCAAGAUAAAGGUAAAAGUAUUAUCUGUAACCGGCCAAAAAGUGUCUCUAUCAAUGAAAGACGUCUGUCAGAUGACCGGUAAAGAUCUCAACCCCUUAUCUCACACCCCUAUCGAACGAGAAGACAAGGACCGUAACCCUGAUCACCCUAUGGUGAGCAGCACAUCGAUACUACGGCUCCCGGUUAAUGUCGACGAGAACGAAGAGGACUCCAGGAAACGAGUGAUGAGGAUCUCUAGUCCAGAGAGGUGGGAGAUCAAGCAGAUGAUCUCUUCCGGUUGUAUCGAUAAGAGCGAGCUGCCCGAUUUCGAUGAAGAGACUGGUUUGCUGCCGAAGGAUGAUGAUGGAGGAGAAGCUGAUAUUGAAAUUGAAUUGGUUGAAGACGAACCACCGUUCUUGCAAGGUCACGGCCGGGCUCUGAACGAUCUCAGCCCAGUGCGUAUAGUGAAGAACCCAGACGGCUCCCUGGCACAAGCUGCCAUGAUGCAAUCUGCACUAGCAAAGGAAAGAAGGGAACAGAAAAUGCUGCAACGGGAACAGGAAGUCGACGCCCAGCCAGCGAAAAACAAAAGUUGGAUAGACCCCCUGCCUGAAGAUGAAGCGAGAGCCAGUGGAGCAACGGCGAGAGGAGUCGGACUACAAGGGCAGGACUUGCCUGAGUGGAAGAAACAUGUCAUUGGAGGCAAAAAGUCAUCUUUCGGCAAAAAGACCAACCUCAGCAUAAUCGAGCAACGCCAGUCGCUGCCCAUCUACAAAUUGAAAGAAGAACUGAUCAAAGCCGUGACGGAUAACCAAAUCUUGAUAAUCAUCGGCGAAACGGGAUCAGGCAAAACCACGCAGAUCACUCAGUAUUUAGCUGAAGCCGGAUUCACAGCGAGAGGAAAAAUAGGCUGCACGCAGCCAAGACGUGUGGCCGCCAUGUCGGUAGCGAAGAGAGUGGCCGAAGAGUUUGGAUGCAGACUGGGACAAGAGGUCGGAUAUACUAUUCGUUUUGAAGAUUGCACUAGUCCUGAAACGAUUAUCAAGUACAUGACGGACGGUAUGUUGUUAAGGGAAUGUCUGAUGGAUUUGGAUUUGAAGCAAUAUUCUGUUAUAAUGCUGGACGAAGCUCACGAAAGGACAAUCCAUACCGAUGUGCUUUUUGGUUUAUUGAAGCAAGCAGUCAUAAAAAGAGCAGAAUUGAAGUUAAUUGUAACUUCAGCAACACUGGAUGCAGUGAAAUUUUCACAGUAUUUUUUCAAGGCCCCAAUUUUUACAAUACCUGGAAGAACAUUUCCUGUGGAGGUUCUUUAUACCAAGGAGCCAGAAACUGAUUAUUUGGAUGCCAGCUUGAUAACUGUGAUGCAAAUACACCUGCGUGAACCGCCAGGUGAUAUACUGUUAUUCUUAACCGGUCAAGAAGAAAUCGAUACAGCUUGUGAGAUCUUGUACGAGCGAAUGAAAACCUUAGAUAUUUUUAUAGGUCCUGAUGUUCCUGAGCUCAUAAUUCUCCCAGUGUACUCUGCAUUGCCAUCUGAGAUGCAGACGAGGAUUUUUGAACCUGCACCGCCUGGCAGCAGGAAAGUAGUUAUUGCUACGAAUAUUGCAGAAACUUCAUUGACCAUCGAUGGUAUUUACUAUGUUGUGGACCCUGGAUUUGUGAAACAAAAGGUGUACAAUUCAAAAACAGGCAUGGAUUCUCUAGUUGUCACACCUAUAUCACAGGCUCAAGCGAAACAACGAGCGGGCAGAGCCGGUCGUACCGGUCCUGGAAAGUGCUACCGUUUGUAUACCGAACGAGCAUACCGUGAUGAAAUGCUGCCGACACCAGUGCCCGAGAUCCAGCGUACCAACCUCGCGACGACCGUGCUGCAGCUUAAAACUAUGGGCAUUAAUGACCUCCUCCAUUUCGAUUUCAUGGACGCACCUCCGGUGGAGUCGCUGAUCAUGGCUCUGGAACAGUUGCAUUCGUUGAGUGCGCUCGACGACGAAGGGUUACUCACUAGGUUGGGCAGAAGGAUGGCCGAGUUUCCUUUGGAGCCCAACUUGUCAAAAAUGCUGAUAAUGUCAGUUGCUCUCCAAUGCUCAGACGAAAUCCUGACGAUUGUCAGCAUGCUGUCAGUACAAAAUGUAUUUUAUAGGCCGAAAGACAAACAAGCUUUAGCUGAUCAGAAAAAGGCAAAGUUCAAUCAACCAGAGGGCGAUCAUUUGACGCUUUUGGCUGUGUAUAAUAGUUGGAAGAAUAACAAAUUCAGCAACGCAUGGUGUUAUGAAAAUUUUGUUCAAAUUAGGACUUUGAAGAGAGCGCAAGAUGUCAGGAAACAGCUACUUGGGAUUAUGGACAGGCAUAAAUUGGAUGUUGUGUCAGCUGAACGAAACACAGUAAAAGUGCAAAAAGCAAUUUGCUCAGGUUUCUUCAGAAAUGCAGCAAAGAAGGAUCCUCAAGAGGGUUAUCGAACCUUAGUCGAUAGUCAAGUUGUAUAUAUACAUCCUUCUAGUGCUUUGUUCAAUAGACAACCAGAAUGGGUGAUCUAUCAUGAAUUGGUUCAAACAACCAAGGAAUAUAUGAGGGAAGUGACUACAAUAGAUCCCAAAUGGUUAGUGGAAUUUGCACCAGCAUUUUUCAAGUUCUCUGAUCCGACCAAACUCAGCAAAUUCAAGAAAAAUCAACGGCUUGAACCUCUAUAUAACAAAUAUGAAGAACCGAAUGCAUGGAGGAUAUCUAGGGUUAGAAGAAGAAGGAACUAAGUUAUUAUUUUAUUUAAUGUAAACAAAAAAAUCUAAUAAAAAUAGUACAACAAUUAACCAGAA